ACUGUGGGCACACAAUAAAGAUGUUAGGGGGCGGGCUAUGUGGCAGUGUCACCUCUGCCCUUGCUCUCUCAAGGUUAUCUGAGUGAUAUAAACAGAUUCAUUGCCAAAUCUUGCUAGUGUUCUUUUGGUGAUCAUCAAUAGCGAGCAUAACCCAUUCCCCAUGCCACGCACCCAUCUUUUUCCAAUGGAUUUCGACUCUGAGUCAAAAACGACGAUUAAGGGUUUUGUUUCUUGGUCUUCGUUGAGUUUUGUACCCACCCCCCUAAAUGAUGGCUUUUAUAAGCCAGAGCUGGAGAAUCAUACCCAUUGGUUGAAAUCUUCGAAAAUGAGGUUAGAAAACAUUCUUUCCCCUUAUCCGCUUGAUUUUGAUUCCUCCCAGCAAGAAACUGUGUAAACCUUAGGGUAACGUUCCCUGCUUUUAUCUUCUAUCGCUGAUAUUCUAAAUAAGUCUGUCUGAGCCUAUGUAGGUAUUAGUCAAAUUCUGAAGAGAAGGAAGGUCAUCAGGAAAAUGAAACGACACGUGCUACCCCUAGCAGAGAAGGGAAACUCCGACUGACCGAUUUCAACAAUUAAUUUCCAAGUUGCUGGCUCCGGGCAUUCUUACCUGAGGGUGUCCAGCUCUUUCCCCCAUCUGGCGCCUGGCUGCCCUGAGUCUGUUAACUCUUUGUCUGAUGCUGCUGAUUGGGCUGGUGACCUUGGGGAUUAUGCUUUUGCAGACAUCUCAUGAAAUUAACUCAGAUUCAGAGAGAUUAAGUCAACUGCAAAAAACCAUCCACCAACAGCAAGAUAACUUCUCCCAGCAGCUGAGCGACUACAGGAAUUUUCCCACCGAGGAGGAGCAUCUCAAAUCCCAGAUCUCCAGUCUAUUGAAGCGGCAGGAACAGAUGGCCAUCAGGCUCUGCCGAGAGCUGAUCAUUCGCACUUCAGACCACAAAUGCAAUCCUUGCCCUAAAAUGUGGCAAUGGUACCAAAACAGCUGCUAUUAUUUUGCAACAAAUGAGGAAAAUACCUGGAUUAACAGUAGAAAUAACUGCCUGGACCAGAAUUCCACUUUGGUGAAGAUAGAUAGCAUGGAGGAAAAGGAUUUUCUGAAGUCACAGCCAUUACCCAAGUUUUCUUUCUUCUGGUUGGGCUUAUCAUGGGAUCCAUCAGGAAAGAGCUGGCUAUGGGAGGAUGGCUCCAUUCCGUCUCCAUCCUUAUUCAGCCCUAGAGAAUACACCCAGAUCAACGGAUCCAGAGGAUGUGCCUAUUUUCAGAAAGGAAAGAUUUAUCUUUCCCGCUGCAGCGCUGAAAUUUCUUGGAUUUGUGAGAAGACAGCUACAUUAGUGAAGAUCGAAGAUCUGGAUUAAUACGCAUCUUCCGAAUUCACCAAGAUGUAAGGGACUUGUGAUUACGUUCAUGUGAAGAAAGAGAAGGCUAGCCGACCACAGCCAAAAACAUGAAAAGAUGACGGUGUACGUAAACUAUCAGGCAAAUAAACUUCACGGAACAUCCUCUGCUUCAUCGUCUGAUGGCUUCUGAUCUGAUGUUCUGGUGACUGCUGGGGACCUCGGGGGAAUAGCCACUGUAUGGCCCCGUUAUUCUAUCUCAGCAUCAUUUCACUGAAGUUCCUCCCUCAAAUAAAAGGCUCUUUUCCUGCUCUGUCAUCACACA